GUUCGCUGGUUCCCCGCGUCCUCGGAGCGUCCGAUGCUUCCACGCCCGGAGCUCAGGAGAGGGUCCGAGGCUUCCGAACGCGGACGACAGCGCGGUGUGCGCUUGUGUCAGGUGCAAGAAAUUCACUUCUUUUUUUAAAGAAAUGGAAUCUAGUUCAUCAGACUACUGUAAUAAAGACAAUGAAGAAGAAAGUUUGCUUGCAAAUGUUGCUUCCUUAAGACAUGAACUGAAGAUAACAGAAUGGAGUUUGCAGAGUUUAGGGGAAGAGUUAUCCAGUGUUAGUCCAAGUGAAAAUUCUGAUUAUGCCUCUAAUCUCUCAAGGUCUGAAAAAUUCAUUCUGGAAGAUCUUUCUCAGCCUAACCCGCUUGGACUUUUGAAUCACUCACCUUAUAAAAGAGUUUGUAAAAUGUCCACUGGCAGUACUGAUUUUCAAAAAAAGCCAAGAGAUAAGAUGUCUUUUUCAUCUACCCCCAUGGAUCAGGAGAUCAGAAGUCUUCGAGAGAAACUUAACAAACUCAGACAACAGAAUGCUUGUUUGGUCUCACAGAAUCAUUCUUUAAUGACUAAAAUGGAAUCUGUCCAUUUUGAAUUAACACAGUCAAGAGCAAAAGUUUCUAUGCUUGAAUCUGUUCAACAACAGGCAGCCAGUGUACCAAUCUUAGAAGAACAGAUUAUAAAUUUGGAAGCAGAAGUUUCAGCGCAAGAUAAAGUUUUGAGAGAGGCAGAAGAUAAAUUAGAGCAGAGCCAGAAAAUGGUAAUUGAAAAGGAACAAAGAUUGCAAAAGUCUCAAGAUGAAUGUAUAAAGUUAAAGGUGGACUUACUUGAACAAAGUAAACAAGGAAAGAGAGCUGAACGACAAAGGAAUGAAGCACUAUAUAAUGCCGAAGAGCUGAGUAAAGCUUUCCAACAUUAUAAAGAAAAAGUGGCUGAAAAACUGGAAAAGGUUCAAGUUGAAGAAGAAAUAUUAGAGAAAAAUCUAAUUAGCUGUGAAAAAGAAAAUAAAAGGCUACAGGAAAAGUGUGGUCUAUAUAAAAGUGACCUUGAAAUUCUGAAAGAGAAAUUAAGGCAGUUAAAAGAAGAAAAUAACAGUGGUAAGGAAAAAUUAAGGAUCAUGGCAGUGAAAAAUUCAGAAGUUAUGGCACAACUAACUGAAUCUAGACAAAGUAUUCUGAAGUUAGAGAAUGAGUUAGAAGACAAAAAAGAAGUACUUAGAGAAAAAUUUUCUCUAAUGAAUGAAAACCGAGAAUUAAAACUCCGUGUUGCAGCACAGAAUGAGCGACUGGAUUUGUGUCAGCAAGAAAUAGAAAGUUCAAGGGUGGAACUGAGAAGUUUGGAAAAAGUUAUGUCCCAGUUGCCAUUAAAAAGAGAAAUGUUUGGUUAUAAAUCAUCUCUUUCUAAACACCAGAUGAGUAGUUUGUCAAACAAGGAAGACAUUGGCUGCUGUGAGGCAAAUAAAAUGGUGAUUUCAGAAUUGAGGAUUAAGCUGGCAAUAAAGGAGGCAGAAAUUCAAAAGCUUCAGGCAAACUUGGCUGCAAAUCAAUUAUCUCAGAGUCUUACUGGUUGUAAUGACAAACAAGAAAGUGGCAAAUUAAAUAGUUUAGAGACAGAACCAGUAAAACUAGGAGGUAAUCAACUAGCAGAAAGAAUAAAAGACCGUCAACAUACUGUGAGCAAGCAAUAUGAAAAAGAAAGGCAAAGACUUGCUUCUGGAAUAGAAGAACUACGUACUAAGUUGAUGCAAAUAGAAGCUGAGAAUUCUGAUUUGAAGGUUAAUAUGGCUCACAGAACUAGUCAGUUUCAGCUGAUACAAGAGGAGCUGCUAGAGAAAGCUUCAAGCUCUAGCAAACUGGAAAGUGAAAUGACAAAGAAAUGUUCUCAACUUUUAACUCUCGAAAAACAGCUGGAAGAAAAAAUUGUUGCUUAUUCCUCUAUUGCUGCAAAAAAUGCAGAACUAGAACAGGAGCUUAUGGAAAAGAAUGAAAAGAUAAGAAGUCUAGAAACUAAUAUCAAUACAGAACAUGAGAAAAUUUGUUUAGCUUUUGAAAAGGCCAAGAAAAUACAUCUUGAACAGCAUAAAGAAAUGGAAAAGCAGAUUGAAAGACUUGAAUCUCAACUAGAGAAGAAAGACCAACAGUUUAAAGAACAAGAAAAGACUAUGUCCAUUUUGCAGCAAGAUAUAAUAUGUAAACAGCAUCAUCUUGAAUCACUAGACCGACUCUUGACAGAAAGCAAAGGGGAGAUGGAAAAGGAAAACAUGAAAAAAGAUGAAGCUUUGAGAACAUUACAGAACCAAGUAUCUGAAGAAACAAUCAAGGUCAGACAACUAGAUUCAGCACUGGAAAUUUGUAAGGAAGAACUUGCCUUGCAUUUGAAUCAAUUAGAAGGAAAUAAGGAAAAGUUUGAAAAGCAGCUAAAGAAGAAAUCUGAAGAGGUAUACUGCUUACAGAAAGAGCUAAAGAUAAAAAAUCACAGUCUUCAAGAGACUGCUGAGCAGAAUGUUAUUCUACAGCAUACUCUUCAGCAACAGCAGCAAAUGUUACAACAAGAAACAAUUAGAAAUGGAGAGCUAGAAGACAUUCAAACUAAACUUGAAAAACAGGUAUCAAAACUGGAACAAGAGCUUCAAAAACAAAGGGAAAGUUCAGCUGAAAAGUUGAGAAAAAUGGAGGAGAAAUGUGAAGCAGCCACACGUGAAGCUGAUUUGAAAAGGCAAAAAGUUAUUGAACUUACUGGUACUGCCAGGCAAGUGAAACUUGAGAUGGAUCAGUACAAAGAAGACCUAUCUAAAAUGGAAAAAGAAAUAAUGUACCUAAAACGAGAUGGAGAAAAUAAAGUAAUGCAUCUCUCUCAGUUAGACAUGAUCUUAGAACAGACAAAGACAGAACUAGAUAAGAAGACAAAUUCUGUGAAGGAAUUAGAAAAAUUACAGCACCACACUGAAACUGAACUAACAGAAGCUUUGCAGAAACGGGAAGCAUUAGAAUCUGAACUCCAGAAUGCUCAUGGAGAAUUAAAAAGUACUUUAAGACAACUUCAGGAAUUGAGAGAUGUACUACAGAAGGCUCAAUUAUCAUUAGAGGAAAAAUACACUACUAUAAAGGAUCUUACGGCUGAACUUAGAGAAUGCAAAAUGGAGAAUGAAGAUAAGAAGCAAGAACUCCUUGAAAUGGAUCAGGCACUUAAGGAGAGAAAUUGGGAACUAAAGCAAAGAGCAGCUCAAGUUACACAUUUGGAUAUGACUAUUCGUGAGCACAGGGGAGAAAUGGAACAGAAAAUAAUUAAAUUAGAAGGUACUCUGGAGAAAUCAGAAUUGGAACUUAAAGAAUGCAGCAAACAGAUAGAAAGUUUGAAUGAAAAAUUGCAAAAUUCCAAAGAACAGCUUCGAGAAAAAGAAUUUGUAACACUACAAAAUGAACAGGAGAUAAGCCAACUGAGAAAGGAAAAUGAACGAACACAACAAAAGAUGAAAGAAAUGGAAAGUGUUAUGAAAGAACAGGAACAGUACAUUGCAACUCAGUACAAGGAAGCCAUAGAUAUGGAUCAAGAAUUGAGGCUGACUCGGGAGCAGAUGCAGAACUCUCAUACAGAACUGAUGGAAGCUCGUUGUCAACAAGUUCAAGCACAGAGAGAAAUAGAAAGGCUCUCUAGUGAACUGGAGGAAAUAAAGCAACUCUCUAAAGAAAAAGAAGCUCAUGGACACCAUUUAGCUGAAGAGUUGGGGGCUUCUCAAGUACGUGAAGCUCAUUUAGAAGCAAGAAUGCAAGCAGAAAUCAAGAAAUUGUCAGCAGAAGUAGAAUCUCUCAAAGAAGCUUAUCAUCUGGAGAUGAUUUCACAUCAAGAGAACCAUGCAAAGUGGAAGAUUUCUGCUGAUUCUCAAAAGACUUCUGUUCAGCAACUAAAUGAACAGUUAGAGAAGGCAAAACUGGAAUUAGAAGAAGCUCAGGACACCGUAAGCAAUUUGCAUCAGCAAGUCCAAGACAGGAAUGAAGUAAUUGAAGCUACAAAUGAAGCAUUACUUAUUAAAGAAUCAGAAUUAACCAGAUUACAAGCCAAAAUUUCUGGACGUGAAAGGGCAGAAGACAUUAAGUUUCUACCAGCCCUGCUUGCAUCUGCAACAGAAAUUAUGCCUGACAUUCAAGAUCCAAAAUUUGCUAAACAUUCUCACACAGCCUUUUUCAAGUGUAGAAAACUGCGUCGCUCUAUUAGUGCCAGUGACCUUAAUUUCAAGACUCAUAGUGAUGAAGAUCUUUCCGAAGAAUUACUACAGGACUUAAAAAAAAUGCAGUUAGAACAGCCUUCAACAUUAGAAGAAAGCCAGAAGGAUCUGACUUAUACCCAGUCAGACUCAUUUAAACCUCUCACAUAUGACCUAGAUGAUAGUUCUGAGAAUAAUGACUUCAGUACUCUCAGUGGAAUGCUAAGAUACAUAAACAAAGAAGUGAGACUAUUGAAAAAGUCUUCUAUGCAAACAGGUGCUGGUAUACCUCAGGGAGAAAAUUUGUAAUUAAAUGAAGAUAUUGAUGUGAUGAAAAAUGAGAUUUUUGGUACUGUGUUUAUUACAUGUAGCUCAUAUUUCAUAGAAGCUGUUAUUUUAUUGCUUUUGAAUAAAUUUUUCAGUAUAUUUUUAAAAAGUUU